CCGCCCCCGCCGCGGGAGCCCCGGCGAAUCAGCGGGGCGCUGUCAGGGCGUCAGCGCCGGCGGCUCCGCGCGGCCGGCCCCGAGCGCGUCCCUUAUCGCAGACAGGCACCGGGGAUCGCAUCAUUAUCAUGGGCACUGUUUGCUUUUCGCGGCGCUGCUGUUUGCUUUUCGCUCUCGCCUGGGCCGGCAGGUUGGCGGGAGGCAGCGGGGGCGCAGAUGUUGAUGAGUGCGCCGAAGCCACGGAUGACUGUCAUAUCGACGCAAUUUGUCAAAACACACCAAAAUCAUACAAAUGCAUCUGUAAGCCGGGCUACAAAGGGGAAGGGAAGCAGUGUGAAGAUAUCGAUGAGUGUGAAAAUGACUUCUACAAUGGGGGUUGUGUCCACGAGUGUAUCAACAUUCCAGGCAACUACAGGUGUACGUGCUACGAUGGAUUCAUGUUGGCCCACGAUGGCCACAACUGUCUGGAUGUUGAUGAGUGUCUGGAUAACAAUGGAGGGUGCCAGCAGAUUUGUGUAAAUACUAUGGGCAGCUACGAAUGUCAGUGCAAAGAGGGCUUUUUUCUGAGUGAUAACCAGCACACCUGCAUUCAUCGCUCCAUUGAGGGUAUGAACUGUAUGAACAAAGAUCAUGGGUGUGCACACAUCUGCCGGGAGACACCCAAAGGUGGGGUUGCCUGUGAAUGUAGACCUGGCUUUGAACUUGCCAAAAACCAGAAGGACUGCAAAUUAACCUGUAACUAUGGGAAUGGAGGCUGCCAACACACCUGUGAUGACACAGAUACGGGCCCUGUGUGUGGUUGUCACCAGAAGUAUGCCCUGCACUCAGAUGGCCGAACCUGCAUUGAGAAGGAUGAGGCUGCAAUUGAGAGUUCUGAGUACAAUGCCACGUCAGUAGCUGAUGUGGACAAGCGGGUGAAACGGCGGCUACUUAUGGAAACAUGUGCUGUCAAUAACGGAGGCUGUGAUCGGACUUGCAAGGAUACCGCGACAGGGGUACGGUGCAGUUGCCCAGUUGGAUUUACCCUGCAGCCUGAUGGGAAAACGUGCAAAGAUAUUGAUGAGUGUUUGGUAAACAACGGUGGCUGUGACCAUUUCUGCCGAAACACAGUCGGGAGCUUUGAGUGCAGCUGCCAGAAAGGCUAUAAACUGCUCACAGAUGAAAGGACCUGCCAAGAUAUAGAUGAGUGUUCCUUUGAACGGACCUGUGACCACACCUGUAUCAACUACCCUGGAAGCUUUGAGUGUCUCUGCCACAAAGGCUACACCUUGUACGGACUGACGCACUGUGGAGAUAUUGAUGAAUGCAGCAUCAGCAAUGGUAGCUGUGACUUUGGGUGUCUUAAUACCAUGGGGAGCUAUGAGUGUGUCUGCCCCCCUGGAAAGAAACUGCACUGGAAUAAAAAGGACUGUGUUGAGAUGGUGAAAUGUCUCCCAAAUGCCAAACCAGCUCCCAAGGCUCAGCUAGUAUGCAGUAAAACAGGAGGCAUAGAGAGCUGCUUCCUGUCAUGCCCAUCCAAUACUCUUUUUGUUCCAGACUCAGAGAACAGCUACUCGCUGAGCUGCGGUGUCCCCAUGCAGCAGGGCAAGGCGCAGCCCCGGCGCAACUCCACCCUGCCCAGCUGCUCAGAUUCCCUAGCCCCUCCAAUCAAGCAGAAAGCUCGUUUUAAAAUCAAAGAUGCAAAAUGCCAUUUACGGCCUCGGAGCAAAGAAAAAGCAAAAGAUUCUGGGAAGCAGGCUGUUUCAGGAGGUCAGUUCCCCUGCACAGACAACUGCCAGGUGACCUUUGUCAAUCUCAAGUGUGAUUCCUCCAAGAAAAAACGCCGAGGCCGCAAGUCACCAUCAAAAGAAGUGUCCCAUAUCACUGCAGAGUUUGAAGUGGAGAUGAAGUCUGAAGAAGUCUCAGACACCUGUAACAUUGACUGUGUUCGGAAAAGGAUGGAGCAGAAGCUGCAAACUGCAAUCAAAACAUUGAGGAAAUCUAUUAAUAAACAGCAAUUUUACAUUCAGUUUUCUGGGACAGAAUAUGAAGUGGCUCAGAAGCCAGCUAAAGCUACUGAAGGGCAUGAAGCGUGCAGUACAGGGCAAGUACUGCAGGAUGGAAAAUGUGUGACCUGCAGCACGGGCACCUUCUAUAGCGGGGAGCACAAUCAGUGCGUCCCCUGCUCGCCAGGGACGUACCAGGACACCGAGGGCCAGCUCACCUGCGAGCCCUGCCCCAGCAACGACGGCCAGGGAGCGGCGGGCGCCCGCAACGUGUCCCAGUGUGGAGGGCAGUGUUCUCCUGGGCACUACUCUGCAGAUGGUUUUAAACCUUGUACAGUCUGUCCUCUUGGGACAUACCAGCCUGAACCAGGGAGGACUCUCUGCUUUCCCUGUGGCGGUGGGCUCGUGACCAAGUACGAAGGCGCUGUUUCCUUUCAAGACUGUGAAACCAAAGUUCACUGUUCUCCUGGACACUACUACAACUCCACAACACACAGAUGUAUCCGGUGCCCUGUGGGAACAUACCAACCUGAGUUUGGUCAGAACUACUGCAUCACCUGCCCUGGCAACACCAGCACAGAUUUUGAUGGCUCCACCAAUGUCACACAUUGCAAAAACCAGCACUGUGGAGGAGAACUGGGGGACUACACUGGCUACAUUGAAUCACCCAACUAUCCUGGAGACUACCCAGCUAAUGUGGAAUGCAUUUGGAAUAUAAAUCCACCCCCAAAAAGAAGAAUUCUCAUCGUAGUACCUGAGAUAUUUCUCCCAAUUGAAGAUGAAUGUGGAGAUGUUUUAGUAAUGAGAAAAAGUGCUUCUCCUACUUCAAUUACUACAUAUGAAACAUGCCAGACAUAUGAGAGACCUAUUGCAUUUACCUCAAGAUCGAGGAAACUCUGGAUUCAGUUCAAAUCAAAUGAAGGAAACAGUGGCAAAGGAUUCCAGGUCCCCUAUGUGACUUAUGAUGAGGAUUACCAACAACUAAUAGAAGACAUUGUUCGAGAUGGCCGAUUAUAUGCAUCAGAAAACCAUCAAGAAAUUCUAAAGGACAAGAAACUGAUUAAAGCUCUCUUUGAUGUACUGGCACACCCUCAAAACUAUUUCAAGUACACAGCACAGGAGUCAAAAGAAAUGUUUCCAAGAUCUUUUAUAAAGCUACUGCGAUCAAAAGUUUCCAGGUUUCUACGACCAUACAAAUAGUGUGGUCUAGUGGUAUUCAAUUUUUGGUUACUUUGCAUUCCUGUCAAAUACUGUCUUUCCUCCAUUGUAGAAACAUUUGCUAAUUUGAAAGCUCUUUUUUUGCAGUCUUUGUUCUCAAUUGUUAUUGAAGAACACCUAUAAUGUUUUAUAAUUGUGAAAAGUCAAUGUUCUGAAUGGGAUUCUUACUACAAAAAAAAUGCAUCCCUGAGUACAUCUAGUUGUAGAUCCAAAUUUUUGUCUGCACUAGUGUAUCCUCACUCUCCAUCUGAAAUCUCACCAUGUAAAAAUUUCUUUGUAGCUUUUUAUUUUUCAUCAACAAUAGCUUUUGUCAAAGAAAGGAGGAAUCUAUUCAAAUAUGAUUAAACUACCUGCAGAUAAGUUCUGUUAUAGAAAGAAGUAUGUAGUAUAAAUAAUACUUGGAUUUUGAAUUGCACUUGAAGUUUAUAUUUGAAUCUUUAGAAAAAAACAAAACAAUCUAAAUUUUGUUACUUCUCAUUUGUGGCUUGGUGGAACCUCUGUCCAAGUAGAAAUCAAAAAGAAAAAAAAGGAAGAAAAAAAUUUAUAAUUUUGUUCUAUGAAUUACAUGAGAUUGAGUCCCAUGCCCUAAUGUCCUAAUGUUUUUAUCUGUCCUCUUCUAAAGUUCUUCAGAGGUUUGCCACUGUCAAUUAUUUAAUUGAAACAGAUUUAGCUCUGGAUUUCCAUGCAUCACUUGGUCCCUUUAAAGACAUUUACAAUAGGAUAUGUGAGAAAUGAACAACAACACUAGUAGUCUUGGUUUUCUUUCCAUUAAGAGAGCAUCUAAUUAAGUACAAUAUAUAAAUAUAUAAAUAUAUACUUCUAUUUGUGGGUACAUUAGUAAUGUUAUCUCUAGUUACUGUAAAUAUUAUUUGUGCUUAAAUCUUUACUCCCACACACCCUAUUUACUCAUAUCUAUAUGUAACUUUGUGUAGACAAUUAAAUGACUUCUCCAAGUGCUUGUCACUUCUAUUAACACCCAACUGAAGCCUUUUGAGGUUUUAUAGUACUGGAUAAUGGUUUACUCUGGGACAAUCUCUUUCAAUAAGUAUUAUUCCAGGAAAAAUAGCACCAGUGAAGAUGCAGCUGGUGCCCAGUAAAGGGUCAGCUGUUGCCUCUUCCUUGGGACCCCCCAGAUGCAGACAGAGUCACCCUCAGGACAAAACACUUGCUGAGGGAGGAGCUCAGCAAGGAGGAGCUGGUGCUGGACCUGCUGUCUCUAAAACACUGAGAACACAACUGUGCCCAAGGCCCAGACUGUCAGGGGCUCAAGGUGAACAGGGCACGGUUUUGCAGAAGAGCUGGGGGUCAGGUUCUGUGUUUGCAGAGACCUGGCUCUCCCUUUUGUCCCAAAUUUGUAGCCACAGUGCCCAUCAAGCACAGGGACUGCAGGAGAGCUUUAGCCUUGUGCUCAGGCCCUGCUCACAGAGCAACAGUGGAUUUGCCAUGAUGAUAAAUCCAGGGUUUCCUGCUGGUUCCUGGCACAGAAGCUAAAUCAAAUGAGAGAGGAGCCUUUUUUUGUAGUAGUAUUUCAGCCUCCGUCCUUUUCAGUCCCUUCCUCUUGUGUAUCAUUUUCCCUUUUGAUUCUACAAGUUUAUUAAAUGGAGAAAUGAACUCUCCUGGCAGCAUCCUUUCAGAAAAAGACUAACACACAGUUUUGCUUUGCUGCAUUUUCUUUUUUGCCCGUCUACCCUGUAGUUUAACACGUCCUCAGAUGUUCUCAAAGACAUAUCUUAAGGGUGGUUGUGGUUAUCUUCUGACACUUUUUUGUCCUUGAGCAAGUACUUCUUAAAUUUACACAGUUGGUUUCUGUGGACUACAAGUGGUUGAAUAUUCCAUUUCUAUGAGAAAACACCUUAGAUAUCCUGUUGAGUUUUUCUACUUAACCAUCUUGUAAUUUUGCUAGCCUUCUUUCCUCUUCUCUUGAAGAAUAUAAUUUUUUUUUCUUUCUAUGCCUGAACAGCCUGACCAUACAGUCUAACAAUGCUUUUUUUUCCACUCAUGGACCUCAAAUCUUUGGUGAGCUUUCUUUAUAAUAUAUACAUUAACCCUUGUUCAAAAAUGUCAGUUCUCCAUAAAAGUCGUUUGUUAAAGGCUGUUUACUUUUUCUUGAGGAUGUUAAAACUACUUUUAUUUAUUAUUCAUCAAGGGUCACUAGAAAGAACAUUUUCAUUAUUUUUUCUUUAACACUAGUUAUUUGUACAAAAAAAAAUUAAAAAGCAAAAAUCUCUUCAGGUACUCAAUUAUGCAGGAGUAUAUAGCUAAAAAACUACUUUAGCCAGACAGUAGUUCAAAAUCUGAUAGGUUAUUCAGAGUUUUAUUCAGAUCCAUUAGAAUGAGUCAGGAUUGCAGCCAUUCUACAGAAAGAUAUGAAGGAAAAGAUAUGAAAAAUAUGGUGAAAAAUAACUUCCUCACUUGGCAAAUGAUUCACAGUGAUCUUUAGUAUUUCAAACUUGAGUAAGCAAACUUCAGAACCUGGUACUGUGCACUGAGUUUAGUAAAAUCCUUGCUAAAACUUUUGUUUAACAACCAACAUAUUUGGAUGUAAUAUCAUUGUAUGGCAGUGAUGCCAGACUCCAGAAACCACUGGCAGCACCAUAAUGUUUUCCAGGUUCUUAGCUCCAUGGGAAGUCCAGUGCCAGAGAGAAAGUGUAAGGGACAUGUCCCGGUUCUGGCCACUGGUAGUGAGACCUCAACAGAGCUGUGAGAGGUGAAUACAGGCGAGAGAAAUUGCAUUUGGCUCUGGUACCACCUGCCCUGACUUAAAACCACACUACAAAAAGCAGGGGUUUGUCCAGUUCAUCCUGACAUACAACCUGAGAGUGAGGCUGAUGUUCCCCAGAGCCACAUCAGGGCAGGGACUCCACAGUCAGGACAAGGCACUUGAGGACUUCUGUGGCAAACACAGGCUUUGUGUUGCUGAAGGAAGGUGCUGAAAAAAAGAGAAUAAUUUGACCCUCAAAAGUUGACACUUAAAUACUUGUAAACAGAGAGAGGGUUCAUAUCUGAUAUAUUUAGAAAAUGAGUUAGGCUUGAUCGCCUGCCGCUCUGCAUAGAAAUGCUCUUGGAUGUGUAAAUUUCUAAUGAAGUAAGUAAUGACAAGUGACAUAUAGGGCAGUCUGAACUGGUUUCAGUUGAUUCAAAGAACAGCACAGAAUUUUUAUAUCAGCUCUAGAAAUUAAACAUGCUUUGAUUUUCAUACUAGAUUUACAGUUACAGAAACUGGCAGUCACCAAAUAGGAGGUGAGUUCAGCUCUUCAUCUGUUAGUGUAGGAUGCCUUCAUUGUCAGAGAACCUCUUGCUACUACACAAUAACAGCACACCAACAAAGAAUGUUUUCUUCUACAGAGAAGACCUAUACACAUUAGGGAAUCAAAAACCAUGUAAAGAGAAAUACAACUGCCUUCAAGCAAACCAGCUUCAUGAACGUGGCAGAAUAUAACAUUUUAGCUUUUACCCUGAAUAUUAAAUACUGCAUUUGAACAUAUCAAUAAAUACAGCCCUGUAUCUGUUCUUACAGAAUUACACAUUGUCUGCAGGACAAGUGCAACAACACAUUUAUGUGUUAUUACAGGUAGACUGAAGAAGUUCCCACCUGUGAUUGCCCAAUCCAAUGCACAAACAGAGCUCUAUAUUUUCAAUUUGCAUAUGCCUGUAUGCUAAAAAGCUGCACCUGCUGCACUUACCAUUUUCAGCCUCUCUUUCUGCUUUAAAUCCUGCACUUAUUUUUAGGGAGGUAGUGGUGAAUCAUCCCUAAACAUUUUCACAGGCUACCAGAUCCCUGCCUGCACACCUGCUGCAGUCCAGGGCACUGCAGCAAUCACAAGUUGCUCAUCAAGCCUUGAGUUGUGCCUUGAAAGUGCCGAGGACACAGAGGUGCCUGUGUGUGUCACCUGAGUACAGGGAGCAGCAGGACUCUGUGUUCAGUGCAUUGCCACACUGCAUCUUGCCUUCAAUAAAAAGACUUAUUCUGCCUGGAGAUUUAGCUCACUGAAACUGGAUUUAAAGGUUCUGAAGUCUUUCAGCCCAUUUUCAUGCCCUUUCUUCUUCCAUUGUACAUUAGAUUUUUACUUAAAGACCAACUUUUCAAAAGAAUUUUAUUUCCUCAUUGUGCCUCCCCCAUAGAACAAAGUUAUGACUACUUAAGAUUUAGAUUAAUCCUUCCUACACAGCAGCUUCAUUCUAGAGUGAGCUUACUCAAAAGUAAGUAAGCUUACUUAAAACCAGCUUACCUUGUAAGCCAGAUUUAGUUUAGUUUAGUUUUAGACUAGCUUAAAUAAAUACAGGAUUGGUCAGAGGUUUCACAGGGUCCAUACUCUGAGCUGUCAGCAGGUUUUAAAGAGCACAGCUCACCAGAAAUCCUGUCUGUGAGCAGCAGGCAAGGAUGCUGCCACAUGAGUGAGAAACAUCCUUUACAUGUGUUCAGCAUUCCAAAAGAACAGUCAGACUCCACCCUGUGCCUUUUUAUAAGCCUGCCCAACACAUUCAAAUUUCACAGGUCAGUCUUACCUAUAAAAAAAACAGUUUUAAUCUUACCUAUAAAAAACCCUGCAGACAGCAGGUUAGGAACUUCAGGAGCAAAAGUAGUGCUGUGAUUCUUAUACAGGGUCUGCUGACAGGUGUUUGACAGCAAAACUCACCUGCUCUGUGACAGCUCCCAUGUCUGGACUCUACCUUUGAAUGCUCUUAAAAACUUAGCUGGAGUAAAAUCUUCAACAACUGGACCCAGUGGCAAAUUUCUCAGCCACCUCGGGGGUCUGGAUGAUUUCUUAAUGAUGGGAAUGAGUGACACACACACAGUUCCUUGUAUCUGCAUCAUGAGUUCAAGGAGUUGCAUUUUUUCAUAGUUUAAAACCACUGAUUGACAGGAAUGGGAGUAACUGGAGGAGUUCUUAUAGAAUCUCAGUAUUCUGGGACUUUAUUGAAAUAGUUUUUGAGAAUGAGAGACUGUUGUAAGCACUUGGGAAAAGGAAUACUUUUGUCUUCCAGAAGAAUUUAUGGAAGAAGGGAAAUUUCUGUAAGGUACUAUGAACUUACUCCUCAGUGAGAGACUUGGAUUCAGAGACAAGUCUUGUGUUUUACCUCUCAUCUGAAUAGAAGCAGAGUGGGAAAUAAACAAUGUCAAAAAGCUGUUAUCUAAGGAUCUGAAUAUAUACAAUUCCAGUUUGUUAUUUCAUUUAUUUAUUCUUUCAUCAUAAAGCUUUUAAUCUAUAAAAUUAAUAUGUAAUAUACAAGAGUAAUGUACAGAAGUACCUUUAGAUCUAAUAAUUUAAACCAUCUGUAUUCAGAGAGUGGAGAUAACAAGUUAAAAGAUAUACAAACAAUUGCAAUUCAAUUUUCUCAAUAUCUAGAAAAAAGUGGCGUUGAUUAAUUAAACUUUAUUUUAAUUAUUGUGAAAAUAUCUUUUUUAGAGUUUGUUUUUGUUACUUUUUUAAUUAAAAUUAUUUUGUAAAUAUUGUUUUCUAUGUUUUAUAACUUAGGCCAUUAAUUUGCAUUGAGAGCAGCAGGGACUCAACACGUUGAUUAUAAAGAUACUUUAGGAGACCAGGAUGGAUGUGAGGCAGUUGCCAGAUUUAUCAUUCCAGAUUACAGAUUCCUGUUAUUUCUUCAGUCUUACCAGCAUGACAGGAAGAGUUUUCUGGGGCAAUUUAGCAUCCUAAUUUAAACAGAACUGACUAUCAAGUGUCAUUCUAAAGUGCUUCCUAUUUUCAUACCAUAAAAAAGAAUAUGUAUUUAAAGUUAGUGCUGGUUCUUCUUCCAUUGUUAGGAUAAGAAACAACACAGAACUCAGAAAUAAAAGGGAAUGUAGCAGAUUACACACAUGGAUAGUGGAAGGAAAGGAAAGCUGUGGGAUCUCUAUGCUCGUAGGGAGCUGUGGAAGUAAUAAAACCUCACAUUGGAUCCAAUCACAGAGCCCUUUUUAGGCAAAACCACUGAGGCCUGUGGUAUUUUCACCUGCAGAAAAGUUCAUUAUGAUCAUGUCCAUCACCAGUUUAAGCAGGAAUUUCCAGCAGGCUGGACUUCUGGGGGAAGCACACGGGGUGUAAUAUUGGCUUCUGCAUCAAUUUGCUCCACGUAAACCACUGCACAGGAGUGAGGUUUUAAACUGAACUGUUGUCGAUGCUGCUGGGACUUCUAAGCUUUAUUACCAAUGUAAAUUGUGUACAAACAGCUAUUUCCAUAUGAAGUGUACAAUAAUAGUUUAGAGCAAGGGUAGUGAAUAACUGUACAAAAUUUGAUACUUAGAAAAUAAAAUACAGUGCUAAGCUUUACCAAUAUUUUAACAAUUCUGUCAGAUUUAUAGUAGAAAAUGUUGUUGUAAAUGUACCUUAUAAGAAAAUACAUUUCCUUUUGCCUCUGUAUAUUAAUAGCUUUGAUUUCUAUGUCAAAGUUAAAAAUGAAGCAUGUAAUAAAACUUUUGUUAAAAUCACUUUCAUAAUAAACAUAAAAUGAAAUGGA